GCACUCAAAAACAGAGGGCACAACUUCACACUUCACACUCCACAAAACAGAACCGAGACCACCGAGAAACUUAACAGCUAAUGGUGUUCGAGGUAGCAGCAGCAAUGGCAUUGGCAUCCUUCGUAGGUGAGGCUGUUUCACCAUGGAGCCUGCUUUUCGGCCUCGCUGCCCUGCUCGUCCUGUGGGCGGCCUCACACGCCGCCGAGAGAUACUGGCUGAGGCCGCGGCGGCUCGGCCGGGCGCUCCGUGCGCAGGGUCUAAGCGGCACGGCGUACCGCUUCCCGGCCGGGGACUUCUCAGAGAACGUCCGGCUCAGCCAGGAGGCGCAGUCGAAGCCUAUGUCGCCGCCAUGCCACGACAUCGUUUCCCGCGUGUUGCCGCACCUCCAUAAUACAGUCAUGGAGUACGGCGAAGUCUGCAUCACCUGGUUCGGCCCGAUCCCCAGGGUCGUCAUUGCCAGGCCAGAGCUGGUGAGCCAGAUCCUAUCCAACAAGUCCGGCCACUUCGAGAAGUUCACAAACAAUAGUCUGGGAGAUCUCAUAAGCCGCGGGAUCGGGAGCCUCGACGGCGCGAAAUGGGCGACGCGCAGGAGGAUCCUCAACCCUGCUUUCCAUCUCGAAAAGCUCAAGGGCAUGCUGCCGGCUUUCUGGACGUGCUGCGCCGAGAUGGUAGGCAGAUGGGAGAGUAAACUAGCUGCGGCUGGUGGAUCACACGAGCUGGACGUGUGGCAGGAGUUCCCGGACCUCGCAGGAGACGUGAUUUCCCGCACGGCGUUCGGCAGCAGCUUCGAGGAAGGACGGUGGAUCUUCCUGCUGCAGGUGGAGCAGGCCGAGAGGGUCAUGAAGGCCUUCCAGUACAUGUACAUCCCAGGCUACCUCUUCUUGCCUACCGAGAACACCAAGAGGAUGAAGGCGAUCAAGCGGGAGGUGGAAGGGCUCCUGAGAGGGAUCAUCGAGAAGAGGGAGCGUGCAGUCGCACUGGUGGAAAAAAGGGCUUUGGUCGCGGUUGGCAACUGCCAUUAGUCGCGGUGGCGCAACCGCGACCAAAGUAGCGCGACUAAAGGCCCCCCCCCUUAGUCGCGGUUCCUUACGAACCGCGACUAAAGGCCCGUCCACGUGGGCCGCAGGCGAGCGCCAGGGCGGAGGACCUUUAGUCGCGGUUCUUCUGGCCAACCGCGACUAAAGGCCUCCGCAGGGUUUAGGGUUUUAGCCCCCCUCCCCCUAAAUCUGGUUUCUUUUUAAUUUGUAUUGUUUUAUUUCUUUUGGGUUUUAAUUUUGAAGGAGUUUCACAUAUUCUACGGUACUGUAUACAUACAU